CGACUGCGCGUUUUGCUUGAGUCACGUGAUGCGUCCUCUCCGUUCUCGGCGUUCUCGCAAUUCUCGCAUUUUUUUGACCGCCAUCCGCCAUUAUUGUGUAUGGUAUUUCAUGUUCAUUCCAUGAAAGCGGUAAACUGUGGUUCCUUUAAUUCAUUAAUAUUGAAUAAAAAACGUUCCAUGUUUUCCAUUCAAUGUUAACUGCAUUGAAAUGUGACAUGUUGGAAUUGCUUCCUGCAUUAUAGAGUGUAUGGUGAACUUGUUUUAUCCACAGUAGCGUCAUUAUUCCAAAAUCCAAACGAGAAUAAGAAGAAGAUUAUCAUUGAUUCCAACGAUUCCAACCUAUACUAGCUUUGGGAUUUUCGUAAAUAUGGAUAAUUCUGAAAAAAGUUGGACCAUUGUCCAGUUUGAUGAUUUAUCAGUGGCAGCUGUUCCGACAAAUUGGAUACAAGGAGAAUUGUGCCAUUGGCCUUCUUAUUUACAAACAAAAUUGGCUAAUGCCAUCAGAAAAUGUGAACCUUUGAACACAUGCUGGCCAGUUCAUCAUAUUAAAAUAUUUAGAAAUGCUACUUAUGAUGAUUAUAUGACUGCUAGAAAUAAGUCAAAAGUGGCAGAAGAAACCAGUGAUCUGGCGUCGGAUUAUGAAAAUAUAUCAAAGAGAAGAAGAGUUCAAAAAGUAUUAUCAUCAUCUGACGAUUCUUUGACUGAAUCUAUCCUUCCAGUAGCCCCGAAAUUGAGGUUACCCACAAAAAAUAAUGCAGAGAUUCCACAGAAGGAAUAUCAUAAUACUUACAUCAAAGAAUCUCAAACUGCAGAAAUCACACCUAUUAUUGAAAAUAAUCACCUAGAAGUUGAGGUAUCUGAUGUCCCCCAAAGAGAAACAGAAAGGCCUAAUUCAUCAUGUGUUUUCUGUGAAAAAUAUUUUCAUACUUUAUUGGAACAAAACCAUCUCCUACGAAGUUUGACUACAGAUGUCUUAGCAGAAAUUCGAACAUUGAAAAAAAAUACUGGACCAGCAAUUCAGGAAGAAAUUCAAUCAGUUUUUGUGAAAUUUGCAAAAGAAGUUAAGUUUCCUAUGCAGACUGAUACUGAUGUAAAAAAACUCGAGAAUAUUUUGGAAAAUCCAGAAAAUUUCAGUAGAGCCGUACAUGAAUUCGCUGGAUUUGGGGGCUCAAAUACUUACAGCUUUAUAAAAAGAGUAAUGUCGGCACUAAUGACAAAUGAUAUGGCCAAGCAGUACAGCUGGCUUGGAAGGAAGGGGAAGAUGUCCUUUCAUAAAUUGAAUCUUUCUACAUUACUGAUAAGAUCUGCUGAAACAGCCAAGAUUUCUGAAAAUUUCAGACAAACUGAGCUAGCAAUUCAGUCAUGGCUCAAGAGAGCAAGUGAAAGGGUCCUCCAGGAGAAUCGGCAAGCAAAAAAGUUUUGAUGUCUAAUGAAAUAUUAUGUUAACUAUAAAUAUAAAUUAUAUUCAUGUACCUGCUUACUUUAAAUUUGUAUAAAAUACAGAUAUAAAUGAUGUUGUAUAACAACUAUAUAUGUAUCAAUAAUUCACAUAUGUUCGGUAUAAUAAAUGUUCCUAUGAGAAAAUGCUUGUUUUUAUAUUA